AUGCAAGAUAGUAAAGAAAGAAUACAAAACAUUGGCUGUAUAAAUUGUGAAUUUGCUAUUGGACAUGGAACACGUAGACGGCAAACUGGAAACAAGACCAAACGUCCGAAUGCUGUAGAAGUACUACUAAAAUCAAUAAUGGUGUUCAUUCCAAAUCCGUUGGUGGUUCCUGUAGUAAGAAUUCAGAGAAGUAGCAGUGUCGAGCUAUGGAGGGGUGAUCUUAGCAACAGUUCACCACCACCAAAUGUUGGAGGGAAGGUCACACAAAUGGCUGAAACAAAAGAAGUCUUGGAAACAUUCAUUAGUAACUUUAAAGGUGUUAUACCAAGUGGGUGGUCAUUGGAGGAUGGUGCUUAUGUGGGAAAUGGUAAACCAUGA